AUGAGUGAAGAGCUCUUUCGUCAAUCUCCCCCAUUCGGUGUCGUCGAAAGCCUUGUCAAAGCUGAGUAGCCCCCUGCUUCCUUUCAAACAGUUGCCGGUCAUCUUCAAUUCGUCCAUGGUGUGUACAUUCUGCACAUGCAUUUUGAUGCUUGGUCCAUUGGGCGUCUUCGCAGCCCAAAGGUAGAGAUCCUCGUGUCUCCGAGCUUCGAAAUAGAGCGUGUUGUUACAGUUGUUCAGAUCGGCAAGUUCAGGAAUCAAAUGGAGCUGGGACUUGGAGUCGAGCUUCGAGUCUGCCUUCUGUGAGCAAGAAGCCAUAACUUUGAGGACAGACGAAUCACCUUUUUUAACAUGGGGAAGUAGAACCUCCAGGUCAUUCAUAAAAUGCCGCAUUCGGUGCGUAAUCCCGCGGGAGGAGAGCAAAGCACUCGCUGCUUGUUUUUCUUCUUCUUGGGUUCCACAGUCACCCCAUCGUCCACAUCCAUCUCAUCUGCCUUCCUCUUUCCCUUGCUCUUCCUCGUCUCCUUCGAAGACGCGUUGGCCUUUUGGGCCUUGAGAACUGAAGACAUGAAGGAUUGAGAACGAAAAACUGGUGAUCUGUAUUAUCGUGUUUGCUCGCAAUGUGAUCCGAUCCGGAUCAUCUUCCACCGUCCCGAUUCUGUGGCGUGGCCAUGCUUAGCCCAGCAGUGCGCACUGCGCACACUAUCAGCUUGUUUCCAGUCCUCGAUUCUCACCGCUAGGACCGGGAUCCCGAACUGUGGUGCUAGCUCUUUGGGCUUCUCAAAGACGCAAUGCUCAUGUCGUAUGAGACUGGACAAGCGAGGUCGAACGCGCACACUGCAUAUGAACCCGGCAACUGCUCCAACCGAACCCGGUCCUUCAUUCAACUCCUCUCGAACUAGCACACUGCACAGAAACAACAGCGUACCUCACUGCCGAGAAUACGACCUUCUCUUUCCUAUGUCUACCCCAUGCCCUACUUGGAAUCUACUGUCUUCAAAGGCUCCAAGAGCGGCGAGAUUGUGCAAAGCUCGACUGUCAUCUCCAAGCCUUUCGGCAACCAGGUGCUGGUCAAGAUCACCCACUCUGGUAUAUGUGGAACGGACGAACACUUCAGACACUCUGAUAUGGUGCUGGGACAUGAAGGAGUCGGCAUUGUGUUGGAACUCGGGCAAGACGUGCAGGGUUUAACGGUCGGAGAUGUUGUUGGGUGGGGAUACACACACAAAACGUGUGGUCGGUGUGAGCAGUGCGAACUUGGUCAAGAUCAGUAUUGCCCCAAACGUCAAAAAUAUGGAAAAGCCAACUUGAAUCAAGGCUCCUUCGGUUUCUAUGCGCUCCAAGACGCGGCGUUUCUGUUCAAGAUCCCAGCAGGAAUCUCAUCAGAACACGCAGCACCUCUCAUGUGUGGGGGCGCGACUGUCUUCGAGGUCAUGGAGACUUAUCAACUGCGUCCGACACAGCGAAUCGGCGUUAUCGGAAUCGGAGGGCUGGGACAUCUGGCGAUCCAAUUCCUAGCCAAAAUGGGGGCUACUGUGGUCGUUUUCUCGAGCACACGAUCGAAAGAAGAGGAGGCGUUUCGGCUGGGUGCAACGGAAUUCCACCACACGGAAGGCGUGACUCGGUUUGAAGGUGUGCAGCCUUUGGACCAUUUGAUCGUGACCACUAGUUCCCAGCCUAAAUGGAAGCCAUUUCUUGCAAUCCUGAAGCCCAAAGCCACCAUUUUCCCGCUCACGGUUGACACUGGACCGAUCGGAAUAUCUCUCUAUCCCCUCGUCAACUUUGGCUUUACGAUCCAAGGCUCAAGCGUAGCCUCGCGUGCUGUUCACCGAAGAAUGCUAGAUUUCGCUGCCCGGCACCAGAUCCAACCCAUUAUCGAAGUCUUUCCUAUGACAAAGGCCGGCGUACAAGCUGGCAUGGACAAAUUAAGAGCGGGAAAGAUGAGAUAUCGGGGUGUUUUGUCGGCUCAGCGAGCGGCCUCCCUCUGAUCAGGAGAUGGAAGGGGUGGUUCUGAGAAUGGGUGCAAGAAAGCAAACGCAAGAGGCAAGUACAUGCUUUGUACUGUACACGGAGAUAUGCAAUGAAAUAUUCAGUAACUCAUGGACCACGCAGUUGUUUUUGUUUCUCUUGUUCCAGCCGCUAGAAUAAGCUUAGUUGUUUGUCGCAUAGAGGAAUUAUAGCCACGCACGUGAUACAAUAGCUGCACGGCCA